CGAUCUCACGAGAAAAUAUGAGAUUUUCCUGAUUAUUGUUUACAUUGCAAAAACGUGAGAUCCGAACCGAAAUGAUCCGGAUUCAGCUGAAACGCUUCCAAAAGCACAACUUCCGAAAACAGAUGUCGUUUUGAUCCUUUUUGCAGCUCGGAAGGAAACUGGUGUCGAACUUUGUUUUGAUCGAGCUGAAAAGCCAGGACCCUAAAUUCACCGCACCACUGGGGGAGAUAAAUAUAGGGGGUAACUACACUAGCUCAAAGACAUUAUUUAUACCUGCCGAAAAGCGCAAAUUCUCCAGGGUCGCCAUUGUGUGGAGCGAGAUACACCAGACCACAGUGCGGUAUGACCCUCGGAACGAGGGACAUGAUGGGGAUCCCCGCUUAAGGAGCGCAGAAAGGCGGGUUUGGGAGACCCGGAGUUUUGUCGAGGCCUCAUCCGAAAUCCUCCGUGGUCUACCUGAAGCUGCUCAGCGGGCGUCCGCGUCUCGAUCGUCAACAACCAGCACGCGAGGGACGUGGCUUUGGAUGCGGCCUAGUCUGGGAGGGUCUGCCGAGCACCGGUGAGACAACGCAGACGGUUUCAGCGACAACAGCCCCCAAAAAACUGAGAAAAUCUUAACUACACCAUGAUGGAAGAACUGCACAGCCUGGACCCCCGGCGACAGGAGCUGUUGGAGGCUCGCUUUACGGGGGUUGGAGUGAGUAAGGGCUCAGGUCAGAGUCAGAAUGAGUCAUCCAAUCAAAGUCUGUGCAGCUUGGGUUCACUUAGUGACAAAGAGCUGGAGACUCCAGAGAAAAAGGCGAACGAGCAGAGAGUCAGAAAACGCAAAGCGGACCACUUUGACAGCAGCCAAGGCAAAGCAGGAGCGAGGGGGCUUAAAAUAAGCGAUUAUUUUGAGUUUGCGGGAGGUAGCGGUCCUGGUACCAGCCCUGCUAGGGGAAUUCCGCCAGUGGUCCGCUCUUCCCCACAACACUCUCUGUCCAACCCUCCCGUCACGGUGCAGCAAGGAAGCCCUUUGUCCAUCAGUUCUGUCAACACGGAGCUCUCCACAUGCGCAAUGAAGCCCAUCGUUCUUCACAUGCUCCACAAAACUACACAGUCCGACCUUACUUUAGAGAAACUAACAGCCCUGGAGAACAGCAAGAACUCUGACCUGGAGAAGAAGGAGGGCCGGAUAGACGAUUUGCUACGGGCAAACUGUGAACUCAGAAGACAAAUCGAUGAGCAGCAGAGGAUGCUGGAGCGAUACAAGGAACGCUUAAACAAGUGUGUGACCAUGUCCAAGAAGCUGCUGAUUGAAAAAUCCAAGCAGGAGAAAAUGGCUUGCCGGGAUAAAAGUAUGCAGGAUAGACUUCGACUGGGCCAUUUCACUACAGUAAGACACGGCGCAUCCUUCACUGAGCAGUGGACAGAUGGAUAUGCGUUCCAAAACCUUAUCAAACAACAAGAAAGGAUCAACUCUCAGCGGGAGGACAUCGAGAGGCAGAGAAAGCUCCUAGCCAAACGCAAGCCGCCUUCCAUGGCCCAGACUCCGCCGCCGAGCCUGGAGCAAAACAAACGCAAAAGCAAGACCAAUGGGACAGAAAGUGAAACGUUAUCGCAGGCGGAGUACCACGAGCAAGAAGAAAUCUUUAAACUAAGAUUAGGGUACCUUAAAAAGGAGGAAGCUGAGAUCCAGGCAGAGCUGGAGAGGUUGGAGCGAGUGAGAAACCUUCACAUACGUGAGCUCAAAAGGAUCCACAAUGAAGAUAAUUCCCAAUUCAAAGAUCAUCCUACGCUAAAUGACAGAUACCUGCUACUCCAUUUGCUUGGGCGAGGAGGUUUCAGUGAAGUUUACAAGGCCUUUGAUUUAACAGAGCAGAGGUACGUCGCAGUUAAAAUCCACCAGUUAAACAAGAACUGGAGGGACGAGAAGAAGGAAAAUUAUCACAAACAUGCGUGCAGAGAAUAUAGAAUCCAUAAAGAGCUGGAUCACCCACGGAUAGUUAAACUCUACGACUACUUUUCACUUGACACUGACUCGUUUUGCACGGUGCUGGAGUACUGUGAGGGCAACGACCUGGACUUCUACCUGAAGCAGCACAAGCUGAUGUCAGAGAAGGAAGGACGCUCCAUCAUCAUGCAGAUCGUCAACGCCCUUAAGUACCUCAAUGAAAUUAGACCUCCCAUUAUCCACUACGACCUUAAACCUGGUAAUAUCCUGCUUGUGAAUGGCACUGCCUGUGGUGAGAUUAAGAUAACAGAUUUCGGCCUGUCGAAGAUAAUGGAUGACGACAGCUACAACUCUGUAGACGGGAUGGAACUGACCUCACAGGGAGCGGGAACAUACUGGUAUCUACCACCGGAGUGUUUUGUGGUUGGCAAGGAGCCACCAAAAAUCUCCAAUAAAGUUGAUGUUUGGUCCGUGGGUGUCAUUUUCUACCAGUGUUUAUACGGCCGUAAGCCUUUUGGUCACAACCAGUCUCAGCAGGACAUCCUGCAGGAGAACACAAUCCUGAAGGCCACAGAAGUUCAGUUCCCCCCAAAACCUGUAGUCUCACCUGAAGCCAAGGCCUUUAUAAGGCGCUGUCUGGUCUACCGUAAGGAGGACCGCAUUGAUGUUCACCAGCUGGCCAGUGACCCCUUCCUAAUGCCCCACAUCCGCAAAUCAGUGGCUUCCUCGGGCAGCUCCGGCACAGCCAUGGCCUCCACAUCCAGUUCCUCCAACAGCAGCGCCUCAAAUUGAGCUCAUGCCCCUUAAAUGACUGACCAGAUCAUUCGAUUGGACGGGGGACGGUUCCCCCAUUCUCACAGCAUCUCACCUUGCCAUGGAGAGUUGGAGGGAAACUGGUCGGAUGGCAGCAUGGGGUGGGUAAGAAGUCAAGGAGGGGUUGGGAACGGAAACUGUCGCCCCCCUCACAGCCCUCCGAUGUCCAUCCACCCCAGCCCACUCGUCCUGGCAUUGUUCCGGGGGUCAAAGCCCUGGAUGACUCGCGCUGCGAAGGGUCGAGUUUUCGGCACUGUGUUGGUGAAAAGUGAGUUUAGUGUUUCUGGUGUUCCUUUUUCUGCUUAAAAAGAGAAAAUAAAACCACUUAUUGAACCGCUUCAGCUCGGCCAGGUGGAACGGACUGCAGAAGGCCUCAUAAUCAUAUGCUCUCACACACACAUACACACACACACAUCUGUGCAUGAGCCUCUCUGGUCCAAGGUAGUCAGAACCUCACACACAUGAACAUUUUGUUUGCUCUUAUCUCCCUGAAGCUAAAAGAGCGAGCGAGCCAGUCUGGGCCGUUACUGUUUGGAACCAUUAACGGCGCCGCGUCGCCUGAAUCUGUUUGAAUUCAGAUCCAUGUAGUUUCUCCAAGAGGGAUGACGAAGCUGUCGCUCACAUCUAGUCAAACUCCUGUGACCAAAGCUUUUAACUUCCAGCUGGUGGCAGUGUUCCACCUGUUUUUAUAAUGAAUGGUUUUAGAGCUGUGCUACUUGGCAUGGAGCAGAAGCUGCUUGAGGAUUGACCCAAUUUUUACAGAAAAGAUCUGUUCAUGUAAUUUAGUUCAUGAAGAAAACGGUUGUUUUCAUGUUGCCUUUAAUUAGAAUUGUUACUGUUUUGGGCAACCCACAACCCCCUGCCUCUGUGCUCCCUUUUUUUCUCAUAAACACAUAUUUAUUUAGGUAUGUUUGAAUUUAUUUUUGGCCAAUAAAAUGCAAGGGACUGGUUUAUCUAGUAGUACUGUUGGGGGGAGAUUGGGCCUUAGCAAACAGUUGCAUAAACCAUUAAAUACUAUUGGUUAAACUGUG